AUGUUCAACCUUCUCACAUCUCUGCUCUUGGCCGGCGCUGCCCUUGCCGCCCCAUCAACCCUGGACCCCCGCGCCGCCGAUACAUGCACCGACAAGUCGAGACAGACCAAACACUGGACUGUCAAGGAUUUUGACUUCCAUGCUUCUUACAUCUUUACCACCCCUGCCCAUCAGAACUCCUGGGGUUACGUCAACUUCACUCUGGAGAACCCCAACGUUGCUUUCAAGCCCCAGUGCUCGGCCUCCUCCGGCCAGCUGAGUGAUUUCUUCUACGGCAACCUCAUCUACAAGUGCACCCAGCCCGUAUCCGGAGUCCCUGCUACCUUUACCUUCUCGUGGCCCCAGAAGGAGCUCAAGGUCAACCAGACCUGGACGUGCCCUCAAGAGGGCAGCCGCUUCUAUGCUCAGGGCGGUUCCAAGCUCAACUUGACCUGCGCCGAUAACACCUGGCAGAACCCUGACUGGAAGAUGGGCCAGAUAUAUUCUUCUCGCACCAUCAGCUGCAACCACGUUAAUGCUCCGGUUCCUAUCCAGGCCAUCCAGGCCGUUCGUUAA